GUUUAUAAAUAUUAUCAAUUUUCCAUUGUUUGUAUUAUUGUUAGUUUGUGUAUUUUUUGUGGUAUUGCCUGAAUUAUGUUAUGCAGAGAGAAAAGAACGUAUUCCAAUAGGAGGCAUAUUUCAUGAAUAUAAUAUGGAGACGGACAUGGUAUUUAGAAAUAAAAUUAACUACAUUAAUAAUUUGUAUGAGCAACCAUAUUUAUUAAUACCGAACAUUCAAACAGUAGCAAAAGUUGACAGCUUCAAAGCUGGAAAAAUUGCAUGCAAUAUUACUGAAGAUGGUAUAGCUGCCAUAUUUGGUCCACAAAAUGAUGAGUGUGCUGGGAUAGUUGAAGCUAUUUGCUAUAAUUUGAAAAUACCAAACUUUCAAACACAUUGGCAACCUAAAAAAACAACAUUUCAAGAUGCAGCUAAAAUGGCGAUAAAAAUGUAUCCAGAUCCACAUAUGUUGUCCGUGGCAAUCAAUGAUAUUCUAAAAACAAUGGAAUGGAAAAGUUUUACCAUUUUAUACGAGCAUGAUGAUGCAUUAUUACGUUUGCAAGAAAUAUUUCGUAACCAUAAGACGUUUGAAAACGUGAUUACUGUUCGUCAACUGACUGGUUUCGAUUACAGGAGUUUAUUAAAAGAAAUACAUGCCAGUGGUGAACGUCGAAUUAUUUUAGAUUGUAAUACUGACACAACAAUUCAAUUAUUCCGUCAAGCGGCAGAAGUUAAAAUGACUGGAGAGUAUAUUAGUUAUUAUAUUCUGAAUUUAGACACACACACAUUAAGACAAGAAAUGUUGCAACACUCCCUAACAAAUAUGACAAUAAUCAGUUUAAUUGAUCCGAAUUAUGGUGAGGCUCGUAAGUAUAUUGUGGAUGAAUGGACAACGGAAAUGCCUUCGUUAACUGUUACAGCAGAGACUAUUCCGACCGAAUUAGCAUUGAUGUAUGAUGCAGUGGAUGUAUUUUAUCAAGGAUUAAAAAUGGCUGAUUCUAUAAAGUUUGAAAAAGUAAUUUGUAAUCCAGGCAUUGAUACUUGGACUGAUGGUGAAGCAUUUUAUGAUGUUUUAAAAAAAGUGAAAUCAGAUGGAUUGUCUGGUCCAAUACAAUUUGAUGAAAAUGGUUAUAGAACAGAUUUCACUUUGCAAAUAUUAGAUAUAUCUGACGAUGGCUUUCGUCCAAUUGGUACAUGGGACCCAGCUAAUGGAGUAAGACGUACUAUUUCCGAAGAAGAUAGUUUGGCACAAUAUUCAGCUGCAUUACGUAAUAAAACAUUCAAAGUUGCGUCUCGUAUUGGUGAACCUUAUUUAAUGUGGAAAAAUAAAAGCGCUGAAGGAAACGAACGUUUUGAAGGAUAUGCAAUGGACUUAAUACAUGAAAUAUCAAAGCUUAUCGGUUUUAAAUACGAAUUUUAUAUAACAGAAAAAUAUGGUUCUUUGGAUAAAAAAACAAAAACUUGGAAUGGUUUGAUUAAAGAAUUACUGGAUCGUAAAGCUGACUUAGCUAUUUGUGACUUAACUAUUACAUUUGAUCGCCGAUCAGCAGUAGAUUUCACUAUGCCAUUUAUGACACUUGGAAUUAGUAUUUUGUUCAAAAAACCUGUAGCAAGACCACCUCCAUUUUUCGCUUUCAUGGCUCCAUUAUCGGUCGAAGUAUGGCUUUAUAUGGCUCUUGCAUUGUUAGGGGUUGCAUUUUCAGUAUAUAUUAUAACAAGAAUGUGUCCAAAAGAUUGGGAGAAUCCAAAUCCACAAGAUCCAAAUCCCACAGAAUUAGAAAAUAUUUGGUCCGUUACAAAUUGUAUUUGGUUGUCGUUGGGAACAAUAAUGUGUUUAGGUUGUGAUAUAUUACCAAAGGGGUCUUCGUCACGAAUAACGGUGGUAUUAUGGGGUUUCUUUGCAUUAAUUGUAAUUCAAUCAUAUAUUGCUAAUUUAACUGCAUCUUUAACAAAUGAAAAACUGGGUGAUUCUAUACAUAACGCUGAAGAUUUAGCAAAACAAACAAAAGUCAAAUAUGGCACAGUUUCAGAGGCGUCAACGGCAAAUUUCUUUCGUGACUCAAAUUUUUCGGUUUAUCAAAAAAUGUGGUCAACUAUGGAAUCAGCACGACCAUCUGUAUUCGUUAAAGACAAUAACGAAGGUCAAAAACGUGUAUUGAGAGAUAAAGGAACAUAUGCAUUUUUAAUGGAAUCAACUGCUAUUGAAUAUGUAACUGCACGUGAAUGUGAAUUAACGCAAGUUGGUGGCAAAUUAGAUUCAAAAGGUUAUGGAAUUGCUAUGCCUGUCAAUUCACCAUAUCGAACAGACAUCAGUGGUGCUGUUUUAAAAUUACAAGAAUCAGGAAAAUUAUCAACUCUUAAGACAAAAUGGUGGAAAGAUAUGAACGGUGGUAGGAAAUGUGAUGAAAAUCCAUCCAAUAAAGUGAAAGAAGAGGACGCAAACAAAAUGGGUAUCGAAAAUUUUGGUGGUAUUUUUGUAGUAUUAAUUGCUGGAACCACGUUUGCUAUAUUUAUUGUUAUAUGUGAGUUUUUAUGGAAUAUUCGUACAAUUGCCGUAGAACAUAAAAUAACAACAUGUGAAGCACUUAAAAGUGAGCUACGAUUUGCUUUUCAAAUAUUCAAUAAAGAGAAACCAGCAAAACCGUAUGCACCAUCAGAAGCUUCAUCUGACGAAGAUACAAGAAGUGUUGCUGCAAGUGUAUUUCGUAGUGCGAGUUCAUUUUUACGUUUAGAUAAUGUUAUUGAGAAAAAGGAUAAUUGAAAAUAUCUGCUUUCAUUAUUUAUUGGUUUCAGAUUCAAAAUUUGAACGCAUGAGAUGGUCAUAGCGAACUCUCCCAGAUAAUACUAAAGUGUAUUUUGUUGAUAAUAUUAAAGAAGUUUUUAAAAACUUAUAAAUAGUUUAUAAAGUGCUUUGGAAGCCACUCCUCUAGUGCUUUGGAAUAAAUUUGCUCCUCUGACGCACAAGCUUCAAAGAUUCUCGUGUGAUACCUAAAUCGUACAUGUAGAGUUCUUAUAAUCAAAAUUAUAAAAACAAAAACAAUUUCGGGGGCGUAAGCAUUGCUACAAUAAUUGUCUUUCUUUUAGCAUGUGAUAUGAUCUAUUUUUUGAUAUUUAGACUGACCCUAAAAUAUUGAUUUCCAUACUUAGUCCUCUUUCAUUUUUACUUUAUGACGUGAUAUAAAACCCUUCAUUUCUUAAAAAUAAGUAUCGUAGAAGCUUCCAAAUUAAAUAAAAUUAAAUUUUAGUAUUAUCAGGGAAAGCUUACUGC